AGAUCCCAUCAGGACUGACCAAUCUGACCAAUCAGAGAAAAGAAAGCCGACCAGCAAAAUAGAAGCGGUGUUUUGCUUACUUUCUUUUUCUGUUUUAUUUCGCAACCGUUCAGGGCCGGCCCGCCCCAGGCAGCGGGGUUGGCAAAAGAUCCCGCAACUCUCUCCGCUCAGCAAGAUCCAGGGAUCCCAAGAUUGCAACGCGGGGAUCUGCUAACUCUUAGAGGACUGGAGCUAUUUUCCUGCCUGUCCUUUUGGACCCCACUCUGUUUUUUUUAAGGACCUCGCCCAGGGGCAGGGGAGCCGAUUCCAUGGCUGACGACGACGGGCUGUUCGCCGAGAUCGCCAAAAACGGGAGCGACAGCUUGGAGGUGGAUUCCCAGAGCGCCACUGCAGAGCCCAGUACUUUGCUGCACAAGCUGAAAGGCGCCAUCUCGAAAUCCAUCCAGAGCAAAGUCGACUGCAUACUGCAAGACGUGCAGAAGUUUUCGGAUUAUGCCAAACUUUACCUCUACAUCCAGCUGCCUUCUGGCCCAAGUUCCGGAGAAAAAAACCUGGAUCUCACGUCGCUGAGCUCGGUGGACCACAUGCAUGCUUGCACGUGGAUUCGGAACCACCUGGAAGAGUACCCGGACACCUGCUUGCCAAAACAAGAUGUGUACGAGGCCUACAAGCGCUACUGUAAUAACCUUUGCAGCCGUUCUCUGAGCGCAGCGAAUUUCGGCAAGAUCAUCCGGGAGAUCUUCCCAAACAUCAAGGCGAGACGGUUGGGCGGCCGUGGAAAAUCUAAGUAUUGCUACAGUGGGUUCCGGAGAAAGACUGUGGUCCACAUGCCUCCCCUUCCCAGCCUGGAUCUUAAAGAAACGGAGACAGCUGAACAGACAGACCUCGUCCAGAUGUACAACGACGAAGUGAUGGAAGCCGCGUGCGCCCUGACCUGCGACUGGGCGGAGAAGAUCCUCAAGCGGACCUUCAACAAUAUCGUCGAGGUGGCCCAGUUCCUCAUCCAGCAGCACAUCAUCAACCCCCGCUCAGCCCACGCCGACUUGGUCAUGGCGGUGAUGGUCUCCGAAACUGCAGAGACUCCCAAGGACAAACGGCUGCCGCAAAGCUCAAAGAAGAACGAGGCAGAGGCCCCUGAGAACGCCACCAAGCCACAGCCUCAGACCGAAAAGGAAACUCCCGCCAAGCCUUCUGCGGACCCCCCUCGGAGCAAGGCCAAGAAGCCCCCGGAAGCUCCGGCAAAGCCGUCCAGCGCCCAAGUGAGCGCCUUGAUGGCUCGCCUCCCCUUGCUGUUGCCCCGCAUGAAGCCCAUGGAAGGUCUCGUCGUGUCCUCCGGGGUGGCAGCGGUCCAUCCCUCCCCGACUGUCUUGGCGCCCAAGCUCACAGCCACCCCCGUGGGGGGCACGGUCAAGAUGGCUCUCUCCGUGGGCCCCACUUCAUCCCAGCUGCCCUUGGCGCCCGCCGUGAAUGGGCCUGGAGGCCUGGUCAGCCAGCAGAGCACGGUGCCGGUCAUCAAUAUGAUUCUUCCGGGCGUGGCAGUACCCCCCGUGGCCAAGAUCCCAGCCAAGCCCAAAAGUUUACCCGCCGGCGAAGGCCCGGCAAGUGGCGAGCCCCAGCGGAGCCUCCCCGACCCACAGAAAGCCAAAGCUCCUUGCAAGAGGCCGGCGGACUCGUCCACGGAUGUGGCGACCGUGAAGAGGAAGCGUGGGCGGCCACGGAAGAAGCCGGAUGAGCCCGAAUCCGACCUGUCGGACAAGGCCACUGCUGAAGAAGAGGCGUCUGACGCAAAUGAAGAUCCCGACAUCAUUGUGGUCACUGUGGGUUAUGAAGACCACAAGCCGUCGCCCUCCACCCCCCGGGGGUCCCAAGAAAAGGUUUCGGAAGUGGACGUGCUCUGUGUUGGAGACGGCAAGCAACCGUCCCCCACGGACACCAGUGGCGCAGACCCCCCUGUGGCUAGCAGCCAUAUUGUUGGCAACCCCAUAAAAACUGCUACUUUGCCUUCUCAAGUGAGUGUCAUUCAGGGCCACAAAUCCGGGGCGCAGAGCGAACCGAAGGAGGCAGGAAGUGACUCGCAGAAGCCCAGGCAGUUGGGUGAAAGCCCCUCGGAGCCAGGGGGCAAGACCAAAUCUACCCUGGCAAGGGACUCGGUCUCCCUCCCCCUCCUGGAAGAGAGCGGCAGCUCAUCGGAAUCGGAACCCGAGCCCCAAGACCUGUCCCUCAGUAAAUCCAACUUGCCGCCAUCCAAGGAGCAUUCGGACACCACCAGUUCGCGCGCAUCCGUCAUGUGUUUGUGUCGGAACAGUGCAGAGCGUAACAAAGGGGACGCGGCAAACACGCCAGUGACUUCCACGCAUUCCCCGAGUCCGUAACGUUUCUGUCCCGCAUCCCAUGCUGAGCCGAGCAUUCCUAGGCCCCCGUUUUUCAUCUGCUUCUCUCAGCUUCGCCAAUGCAUGUGUGUAGAAGGAAAACGCUGACACCGUUUCAAUCGCCGAACCCCCGUCCACCUGACGCCAUCUCGCAAGGUUCAUAGUUUUCUGAACAGAUGUUUACUGACGAUCAGGAAUUAGAUCCUAUCUUUUUUUUUUUACUUCUACUGGGAUCGGCCUCUUGACGUUCCAGAGCUGGUGGACUUUUGCUCCCGACAGACACGAACAUCUAAACUUCUCACACUGGACAGAGAACAAGGAUCGUUCGCCAAGAGCGAGAAAGGAAGACCGGAGUCGGGUUCGGCGCCACCUCCUUUGCGAUCGAAGCUCUCGAAUUUUCGUCUCAAGGGGCCCGUUGGGAUAUUUGGAAGGAGGGCAAAGUUUUCGGUCCUUUCGGUUGUAAUUUGUCAUGUGGAAGUUUGGGGGGAAAAUGGCUGAAUUUCACAGAGGCCCACCCACCCCUUUAAUCACUGAGCACCUAGACAAUCACGACCCAGCCAGCUUUCCAAAGAGUUUCGCUUUCGUCCUCAACCCUCGAGCUUCUGCCGUGUACAGAGUUUCUUGCAGAAUCAGGACGGCUUUGUGACGCGUUAUUUAAGUUGGAAAAAUAUUGGUGAUUCUCCCCCGCCCUCUAAUGUGUUCUUUUCCAUCCCUUGUUUUGCUUACAAAUGCUGUGUAAAACUCAUUACAUGGGUCUCUUUUUUUAAAAAAGUAGUAUUUCCAUUUGCCUUUUAAAAGGGGGGGGAUCAGCUUUCUGCUUCUUACAUGCAUAUUGAUUCCUUGGCUGCUCAAAGCAAGCAGAAGUCAAUAAAGAAGAAGAGAGCUUA